UUCUCCAGACUCUUCCAGACUCACCCGGAAACCAAGUCCUUCUUCAGCCGCUUUGACCUGAGUCCCGGCUCCCAGGACCUCCUGACCCACGGAGGGAAGAUCUUUGGGGCCCUCGGAGAAGCCAUAAAGAGCCUUGACAACCUGAAGAAGCACCAGGACCUCCACACCAACAAGCUGAAGCUGAGCCCGGACCACAUGAAGCUGCUGAACGGCGUCAUCGUAGAGGUCUUGGCCGCCCACUUUGGAGGAGAAGUGAACCAAGCCGCCUGGAGCAAGUUCCUGGUUGAGGUCGGAAACGUUCUGACUUCCAGCUAA